CGCUGCGCACAGUCUCAUUGCUUAUUCCCCCGCCACCCCCGCCCAAAAAAGAAAAAGAAAAAAAACACCCUCCCUUCUCCUUGCUUGUCAGCUCGCACCCAUGGAACCCUCGUCGCCGGCCACCACGGCCACCUUCCCUGCUGCCGUAGAAGAACAUGAGACGUACCCUCCCAUGGUGUCAUCCUCUCUAUUCCCACUUUUCCCCUUCGCCGCCUCCACCUCCUCUGCUCCCCCCGCCGAAUCCCAAUGGCUUUCAAACCCUAGCUUCUCCUUCGAUGCCUCCUCCCUGAACAUCCCGGCUACCACCUCAUCGUCGCUCCCGUCGCCGCAGAGCCACUCGUCCGAUGAGGACACGCCGCUGCAGGCCGCUCCUGCGAAAUACGAGCUGGUGCCUUCUUCGCCGUCCUCCGACGAGGAGAGGGGGUCGCGGAGGAAGAGAAGUGGGAGGAGGAAACGGAAGCGCGAGAAGGAGCGCUAUGAUGGGGCAGCGACAUCGCGGAAGGCUGGGAUUCGUGCCUGGGCUGGAUUGGAGACGAAGCCAGCCAAGGAUUACUAUGUCGACGCGAAGGGCGACCAUGAUAACCUGGCUUUUGGAUCCCUCUACAGAAUGGAUGUUGCACGCUACAGAUCCCAGAAUAUGAUGGAGGCAUUUGGUUUAAAUCAUCUGAGGUUUGGUUCAUCACAUAUUGAUUUGGAUUCAGACUUGGAUGGAAUGGAUAACAAAGUAAGAGCUGGAGGCCGUUACUAUUCUGCAAAAAAUGCAGUUUCUGAAAGAAAUAAAGGUUUCAAACAUCUGAAAAUAUUUAAGGGAAACACCUCUGUAAUGCUCGCUGAAGAUUUUGUCCCAUUUGGUACACAAUCACUUCCUUUGAAAAGCACAACUGUGGAACAAGAGCUAGAGGAGUCUUGGGAAGAUGAAAUACUUCGCCGGACUAGGGAAUUCAAUAAGAUGUCUCGUGAACGCCCUCACGAUGAAAAAGUUUGGCUGGCUUUCGCUCAAUUUCAGGACAAAGUUGCUAGCACUCAGCCACAAAAGGCUGCUCGUUUACAAACUACCGAAAGGAAAAUUAGCAUAUUGGAGAAAGCUGUGGAGCUCAAUCCAGAUAGUGAGGAAUUAUUGCUUUGCCUUCUGAAGUCAUAUGGCAAGAGGGACAACACUGAGACUCUAUUGACUAAAUGGGAGCAAAUACUUACGAAGCACCCAGAUAGCUCUACGUUGUGGAAACAGUAUCUGCUUCUGUGCCAAGGGGAAUUCUCCAGAUUCAAAGUUUCUGAAAUUCGGAAGUCCUACGUGUAUGCUGUACAGGCUCUAUCUGCAGCUUGCACCAAGUUAUGUAGGCAGGAUAAUAAAAGCAUGGAUUCCAAAUCUUCAUCCUUAGUUCAACUAGAAGUGGGGUUGGUGGAUAUAUUUGUUAAUCUGUGCCGAUUUGAGUGGCAGACAGGACAUCGGGAACUAGCAACUGGGCUAUUUCAGGCGCAGAUGGAGUUUAGCUUAUUUGCCCCUCCUUUGUAUCUGACAACAAGCAGUAAGCAAAGGCUCUUUGAACACUUCUGGAACAGUGGUGGUGCCAGAAUUGGGGAAGAUGGAGCUCUUGGAUGGUCUGAAUGGUUAGCAAAAGACGAGGAGAGUAGACAAAAGUUGUCUAUGCAAGAAAAUUCACAAGAGACUGAAACAGGAGGCUGGAGUGGUUGGUUUGAUCCUUCUCUGGGUAAUACUGAGACAAAUGAUUUAUCAAACAAAUCACUGGAACCAUCAUUGACCGAUGGAAAUGAUGCUGAAGACCUUGAUGCUGAGGACUCACCAGCACAAGAUGAUGUUGAAUCCUUGCUGAAAAAGCUUGGUAUCGAUGUAGAUGCAGAGUCCAAUAGUGAAGUUAAAGACGCAGAAACCUGGAAUAGAUGGGCCUCAAUGGAGCUGUCACGGGACAAUCAGCAAUGGAUGCCUCUUCAUGAAAAUUAUGUAGGAUCAAUUCAUUGUGGUGAUGCUCCAUCUGGGGAAGACAAUGACCAGCUUUCCAGAGUAAUUUUGUUUGAGGAUGUAACUGAGUUCUUGUUUUCUCUAUCUUCAGAGGAGGCCCGCUUUUCUCUGAUGUGCCAAUUUAUUGAUUUUUAUGGUGGCAAAAUCUCAAGAUGGACAUCAACAAACAGUCCAAGUUGGCUCGAUCGAAUAUUGAGCUUAGAGAAUAUUACAGAUGACAUCCUGGAAGAUCUAGGUGCUGUAUCUGACGUUGUAAACAAGAACCAAAGUUCAUAUAGUUGUAAAUAUAAAUUGGAAUCAUUACUGGGAAGCAUGUGUGACCUUUCACAAAGGCCGGGCCUGAUGAAAUUUCUCAAAAAUGCGAUACUGCUUCUGCUUGGUGUUUUCCCUCGUAAUCAUAUCCUGGAGGAAGCUGUUCUUGUUACUACCCAAAUGUUUACUCCUCAAGAGAACUCUUCCUCCAUUCAAACUAAUGCAUCACGGGCUUUGGCCAAAAGUAUGUUGAAGAAAGACCGACAGGAUUUUUUGCUUUGUGGGAUAUAUGGACGAACUGAGGCAAUGAAUGGGAACAUUGAACAAGCAAGGAAGAUAUUUGACAUGGCACUGUUAUCAACUGAAGCAACUUCUGAGGAUCUUAGGAAGAAGGUUCCCAUCCUUUAUCUUUGGUACGCCGAGAUGGAGAUUACAGUGUCCGCUUCAAGAAACAACUCUGACUCAAUGCAUCGUGCAGUUUACAUCCUAUCCUGCUUAGGGAGCAAUCUAAAAUAUUCUCCUUUUGUUGGCCCUAUUUCAAGGCUUCAGGUCUUGAGGGCUCGCCAAGGGUUUAAAGAGCAGAUUAGAAGCUCACGAUCUGCAUUUUCCUGUGGUGCUAUAAACAAAGAAUCAGUUGCUCUGAUCUGCUCAGCUUCUUUGUUCGAAAGCAUGACAACAGGCUGUUACUCGGGUCUUGAAGUGAUAGAGGAGACUUUUCCAAUGACAUUUUCAGAGAGCAAUAAUUUGGAGUGUGAGGAUUUGUGGGUGUACUACAUCAAAAUGCUUCAAAAAAAUCUUAACCAAUUGAAUCUAUCAAGGGUCUGGCCAAGCAUAUCACGCGGAGUGCACAAAUAUCCCUACAAUCCAAAAUCAUAUUCAGCGACGUUAACCCUGAGUUAUCUUUACAGUGUAUCCAACAAUCUCCGUCUCACACUCGACAAAUGUAGUCAAAGGGACCCUUCUGUAAUCACCUUGCUCUUUGCUUUGUCCUUUGAAUGGGGUAAAGCUGGAUCUGACAAUAGAAUACACAGCCUGUUUGAGAGAGCUCUAGCUGAUGAUAAGUUGCAGAAGUCUGUCCUAUUGUGGCGCUGUUAUCUAGCCUAUGAGGCAGAAAUAGUCUGCAACUCUUCUGCAGCACGGCGUGUGUUCUUCAGAGCUAUACAUGCCUGUCCAUGGUCUAAAAGAUUAUGGCUUGAUGGUUUCCAAAAGUUGGGCUCUGUUCUGACAUUGAAGGAGUUGUCAGAUCUCCAGGAAGUGAUGCGUGACAAGGAAUUAAACAUCCGCACUGACAUCUAUGAGAUACUCCUAGAAGAAGAAACAAAUACAUGAUUCUGGUUUGUGUGAAGAUCCCGAAACUGCCCCGCAUGACAUGCUCUGCAGUUAUAAGUUUCCAAAGGUUCAUGAAAUAUUGGUUCUGCAUUGCUGUUUUGUGGCCUAUAAGCAUCGAACUCUGAAGUCUCAAUCAAGAACCUGCUAUCUAUCAUCAAAUAAGAUGGAUGGGAAGUACAAUGGGCAUGCCUUGGAUUGACAAUCUUGCCAAAUAUGACCAUGUUUUACUAUUUUUGUUCUUUCAAGAUGGACCUUGUUGGCUGCCGUUCUGAAUAUCUCACAUGAUUCAUUAUCGGUAUAUAGAUAGAAGUGGCUUCAGUGGGCCCUUCAACUGCACGAUAAGAUCAAUGUUAGGAAGGCCUAUUACAAAUUCCUGUACGGAAAUCAUGCCACGAACAAAACCGAAACAUCAAAAGCAGCAUAUAUUUUUGUUUGACUAUCAGUAAAGCAACUGCAGCCAGGUUAGGGGAUCCUGCAGUGUGCUUGAGUGUCCAAACAAAAAGGCUUCGAAUGUAUAGCUUCACCUGGCGUUUUGUUGAAGGUAGAAGGGGACACGUUCCUGCACCCUACACUAGCUUGCUGUACUAAACAUUUACUGUGGUUUGUUUUUUAAAGGUCCCCAAAGUUAUGGACUUUAAGAUGCUGGUAUAUACUGGCUGGGAGCACAGAUAAGAGAAGUAGCAGCACUGACAUGACGGCCUCAGUAAGUAAUAAUGUUAGUUUUCAUUCGCUGAGGAUGGGUAUUAUUGCUAGCUGUGUUUUGUUUGUGCAUACUGUAUUGACUGUUCAUUUCUCGAGGAUUCGAGCCAUCUGUUGUUCAUGUGUGCAGUGUGCUUGUGCAUACUGUAUUGAGUGUUCAUUUCUGGAGGAAUCAAGCCAUCUGUUUAUGUGUGCUAGCUGGAUAAAGCGCUGCUUGAUGUACCUACAGGGAUAUGGCCACAUGGCUAUGUACGCCAUAGGUCAACCUGCAUUACAGGGUUGUUAAUGUAUCUCAUCCUGGGUUGCGCCUUGAUAAUGUGACAGGCACGAAAUGGUAGUGUAAUUUGAUUUAAGUAGUUGAGUUUUGUAGAAACACAGUUCCUGGCACGAUGGUUUGUUGAGUGCAUGACAGCAUGAGACACCAAGCUCAGGGAUGCAGGCAUCCUCAUGAAAUUAUGAAACCACGCUGCUGUGGUAGCUGGUAUGUUGGACAAA